AUGGCAACAACAAAUAACAAAGCACAAUGUUUUGUGUGUAGCAAAGAAAAAAAUACAUACAAUUGUAAAGGAUGCUUAAAUGAAUUCUGUUUUCUACAUUUAACAGAACAUCGACAAAAAAUCGAGACACAAUUAGAGAAAAUUAUCAAUGAUCACGAUCAAUUCCAACAAACAAUUAUUAAACAAAAACAAAAUCCACCAAAUUCUUCUUUAAUUCAACAAAUUAAUCAAUGGGAAAUAAAUUCAAUUCAUCAAAUUCAACAAACAGCAGAAGAAUGUCGAAAAACACUGACGAAAGUGACACAAAAGUUGAUCGAUGGUGUAGAAAAAAAGUUUAUAGAAUUAUCUCAGAAAUUAAAAGAAAUUCGUGAAGAAAAUGAAUUUAAUGAAAUUGAUUUAAAUCAUUUUCAAUUAAAACUAACACAAAUUACAAAAGAAUUUCUUCAACCAGCAAGUAUUUCUAUUCGACAAGAUUCACAAGAAUUCAUCAAGAAAAUUUCAGUUAUUUCAUCAUUCGAUUCUUCUCAACCAAAUCAUUCUUCGAUUAGUACAGCGACGAUAUCAAAGAAUCCAAUAACAAUAAAUCAAAUAUCAACUCAGUCUCAAAUAAAACUACAACAAAUUCAAACAAAAAAGAAUAAAUUUAAAAAAUUUGCAGUUACUGUUGCUGGCGGAAAUGGAAAAGGACACAAAUUAAAUCAACUCUAUUAUCCUUGGGGGAUCGUUACUGAUACUGAUAAAUCAGUUUAUAUUGCUGAUUCUGAUAAUCAUCGUAUUGUCAGAUGGAAAUUGAAUUCAAAUACUGGUCAAAUCAUUGCAGGUGGAAAUGAACAAGGAACUCAAAAUAAUCAAUUGAGUUGCCCAACAAAUAUAAUUUUUGAUAAAAAGAAUAAUUCUUUUAUUAUUUCUGAUUAUGGAAACGAACGAGUAAUUCGAUAUUUUGAUCAAAAUCAAACAAAUCAACAGAUUAUUAUUUCGAAUAUUGAUUGUGGUGAUCUCACAAUCGAUAAAAAAGGAUUUAUUUAUGUUUCUGAUUUGGAGAAGAAUGAAGUAAGACGAUGGAAACAAGGAGAUAAAAAAGGUGAAUUAGUUGCAGGUGGAAAUGGUAAAGGAGAUCAUCUUAAUCAACUCAAUACACCUACUUUUAUCUUUGUUGAUGAAGUUGAUUCUCUUUAUAUAUCAGAUAGUGAGAAUCAUCGUGUAAUGAAAUGGAAAAAAGAUGCAAAAGAAGGAAUUAUUGUUGCUGGUGGAAAUGGUCAAGGAGAUAGUCUCAAACAAUUGUGGAGUCCUCGAGGAGUGAUUGUUGAUCAUUUGGGUCAAAUAUAUGUGGCAGAUUGUGGGAAUCAUCGACUAAUGCGUUGGUGUGAAGGAGAUGAAGAAGGUGAAAUUAUUGUUGGUGGAAAUCAAUCAAAUCAAUUGAAGGGUCCCAUAGGUUUAUCAUUUGAUAAUGAAGAAAAUCUUUAUGUUGCUGAUUUUGGAAAUCAUCGAAUACAAAAAUAUGAAAAAAUUUGA